AUGCUGGUAUCUGCGCUGAGCAAGAGUUAUGGGCUUAUGUUCCCAUCUUUCCGACGCUUUGCUUCGCUUGAUACCGUGAAAAUUAGUUGGAUGCCUGGCUUGCAGGAACCAAACGCUCCCAUUCCAGGUCGGCAUCCCAUUUGGUCGGAAACGAGCAGUGAAAUAUUUAAGGACCUUAAAAGUGGUGACAGCAUAUUUGUUCAUGGUGCUUCGGGAACACCGGGUGUAUUGUUAUCCUUUUUGUACCAGCAUGUUAAGUCUACUGACCUCAAGAACUUAAAUGUUCUUUCUCUGCUUCCAAUGGCUCCCCUAGGUUCUCUUAUCGACGACAUUCGAGACAAACUUCGACUCACUACCCCUUUAGCUAACAAGUAUUGUCGUGAGGCGGUGAAUGAUGGGAGAGCGGAUUUUAUUCCGAUAUCCGUAUCAGAGAUGCCCCUUCUCUAUCGUCAGAAACACGUUAACCUUGAUUACGCCUUAAUAUCCGUGACUCCCCCUGACAAACAUGGGUUUUGUUCUCUCGGGACCUUCGUGGGAACUGCGAGGUCUGCUAUUCAAAGCGCCAAGAGGAUCAUUGCUCAAGUAAACCCAAUGCAACCGGUGACCUAUGGUGAUUCGACUAUUCAUGUCAGCAAAAUUGAUUAUCUUGUAAAUGGACCUCAACAAUUACUGGAAACCAGCUGGAAGGCUAUAUCUCCCAUGGAAAGAAAAGUUGCAAACAUUAUCGCUGAUAAUCUCGUUGACGAUGGGGCUACCCUACAGCUCUCCCCUUCGAAUAUUUCGCAACAGUUGACUACCCAAUUGCGAAGUCACAAGGACCUCGGUAUCCAUACCGAAUGUUUCGGUGAUGGGGAAAUUGAUCUGGUUCAUCUCGGUGUUAUCAACAACCGUUUAAAGGCCAUCCAUCGUGGUCGUAUUGUAGCUAGCUACGUUAUCGGAACGAAAAAGACAUUCAAUUUUAUCAACGAAAAUCCUCUCGUCGCUCUGUAUGACAUCGCGUGGGUGAACGCACCAGAGUUGAUCGCCCUCAAUCCCAAGGUCACAGCCAUCAACCAUGCAUUUGAGAUGGAUCUUUCCGGCCAGAGUUCUUCAGAUGGCUACGACGGUCAAAUUUAUACUGGUGUCGGUGGUGUAAUUGAUUUCCUCCGCGGCGCCUCCAUUGCCUCCGAUGGAGCUGGCAAGCCAGUCAUUGCUAUGACCUCGUUGAAUGAUGAAGGCAAAUCGACAAUCGUACCCUUCUUGUCGCGAGGCACAACGGUUGUCGCCACUCGUGCUCAUGUACACUAUGUUGUCACAGAGUACGGAAUUGCCUAUCUCUUUGGAAAGAACCUUCGUCAGAGGGCACAUGCUCUCAUCCAGAUUGCGCACCCUGACUUCAGGGAAUCCCUGGAGAAGGCUGCUUUCGAUCGACUCAAAUGCAUGCCCUCGCCUUAA